AUGCCUGUAGACCAAGAGAAAUUAGCUAAGCUGCACAAGCUAUCAGCGGCAAACAAAGUUGGUGGUACCAGAAGGAAAAUAAAUAAGAAAGGUAAUCUCUCCAAUAAUAAUGACAAGGAUGAUAGCAUAUUACAGACUGAACUACAUAAACUGCAUCCGAUGACCAUUGAAAACGUUGCUGAAGCAAAUUUCUUUAAAAGAAAUGGGAAAAUUUUACAUUUCAACAGUGCAGUCGUUCAGAUUGCUCCGCAAUGCAAUCUCACAAUGAUUCAUGGUCAACCAAAAGAGAAUACACUUAAUGGAUUAUACCCGGGUGUAGCCUCCCAAUUGGGUAGUCAAGAGCUUGAUUAUUUGACAGGUUUGGCCCAUAAUUUAGAAAAUGAACAAACAGUGCUCGAUCAACUAGGCGACAGAUGCAGCAGGACAAAACAGCAAGCGAUGAAUAGCUGA